AUGUCGACCAAGCCUGAAUCCUCGACAGCACAAUCCGCAGAUGCAGCAGCGUCCGCAUCAUCCUCGUCAACACCCACACCAAAGUUUAGCUGCGCAAUUUGCAACUCCAAAGAUGCCAAGACCUGCGCAGGCUGCAAAAGCACCGCAUACUGUGGCAAGGCUUGCCAAAAAGCAGACUGGCCAUGCCACAAGUUGCUCUGCUCUACCCUUGCCAACGAGGAGUUCGAAAAAGACCGCCCUGAUGAUUCCAUUCGCGCCGUAGUAUUCCCAACCGACGAAGACAAGCCGGUCCUUCGUUACUUUGCCGUAAAGGGCUGGGUUGAGGGCUUAUAUGAUGCAGCGGGAGAGGUCCUCGAUGAAUACGAUAACCAAGAGUUUGUCAAGAUGGUGGCCGAUGCCUUGAGCGAUGAAGAGGAUAGUUAUAUUCAGCCGAGACCGUACGCCUACAUCAAAGUCAACAAGGUCCGGGGGUAUCGCGAUACCGAAAGUGUGCUCGAGGUCUGGACACAGCUGUGGUACCCCGAGGCCCUUCCCAACCAGUCCAUCCUCAAGGCCGCGGGCGGCAAGACGAAAUACCACCCAUGGCACCGCAGCGUCAUGAUUGUCGCCAUGACCAACCCCAAGACGGACGAGCGCGGCGAGAUGGUGUAUAAGGACAUGUCGCUUCGCGACUUUCGCGACGCCGUGGAUUGGCUGGCGGAUUUUAACAACCCCUCGCGAAAGGACGAUGCGCCGGCGAAUGCCGAGGAACGAUACUAUCAGCUCAAUAGGUUUGCGUACGCAGACCAUUUCGCGAGGAAAGCCAGAGAGAACGGGAAAGGUGAGGACAAGGAGUCUUUAUACAGAGAUGCUGACAGACGUCGGUGGGAGGAACAAGCAGAAGAAAUGCGCGGUUCAUCGUGGGAGGCUUAUUACAAAGACUACAACUCACUCUGA